CAACCACCCCUUUAACCACACCACGACCACAAGGAAUCGGCGUCAGGAAAGGGCGGAAGAGGAAGUGUUUUUUUAAACCUACCACCACCCCCAAUCCCACACACAAAAAAAAUCCUCGAUGGUUGUACAUUGGAAAAGGGGUUGAUUUUUUUUAUAGGGGGGAGGGUAGGGGGGGAAUAUCUCCAGUGAAUCUUCCCCCCCACCCACCUCCUCCAUUAGCCUGACUGACUUGAGGGUAGAAGCAGGAUGGAGAUCCUGCUGUCUCUUGCAGACAGUUCGCAUUUUCUGCAUUUUUAACUCUUUCCCCCAGCCUGCCACUUUUUAUUUCACGGUGCAUGUGUUUAUUUUGAUGUAACAGAAAUUCUAAAAAAAGAUUACCUUGCUACUUCCCCAUCUUUUUUUUAAAAAAAAAACCCAAUUUGAUUGUUUUGAGGGAGUGGAGGGGUAAAGGGGGAUUUAUUUUUAGUUUAUGCCUCUCGUCUUACUUCCCCCCCCCCUCCCUCCCCCAAACUGAAAACAAAAAAUAGUCAUCAGGAUGUUGAAGAGAGUAUUGCGGAUUUCCAACCGUUCCUUCUUCGCCUUCAUCUUCUUCUUCUCCCUGUCUUCAUCAUGCUUGUACUUUAUCUAUGUGGCACCUGGAAUAGCAAAUACCUACCUCUUCAUGAUGCAAGCUCAAGGCAAGAUGCUGAGGGACAAUGUGCGAACAAUAGGCAUUUUGAUUCGAGACCGCUACACCAAAAGGAAUAACACUCUUAAUGGCACAGAUUAUCUUGAAGGGUACAAUUCGAGUGAAUACCUUGGUCAGAGUGGAACCUACCUUCCGGAAGAUUUCACAUAUUCUCCUGGUUUGCCCUGUCCAGAGAAACUACCUUCUAUGAAGGGGUUUAUUGAUGUUAACAUGAGUGAAAUCAGCAUGGAAGAAAUCCAGCGUUUAUUUUCACAAGAUUUAGAAAUCCAAUAUGGAGGCCACUGGAAGCCAAAGGAUUGUAAACCCCGCUGGAAGGUGGCAAUUCUUAUUCCAUUCCGCAACAGGCAUGAACAUCUCCCAAUUUUGUUUCGGCAUUUGAUUCCAAUGCUUCAACGACAACAUGUGCAGUUUGGCUUCUAUGUCAUUGAACAGGCUGGUAACUAUCCUUUCAAUCGUGCGAUGCUAUUUAACGUUGGUUUUAUGGAGGCUAUGAAGGAUUUAGAUUGGGACUGUCUCAUUUUCCAUGAUGUUGAUCACAUUCCAGAAAGUGAUCGCAACUACUAUGGAUGUGGGCAGAUGCCAAGGCAUUUUGCAUCAAAGCUGGACAAGUACAUGUACCUUCUGCCAUACAAUGAGUUCUUCGGUGGAGUCAGUGGUCUAACAGUGGAGCAGUUCAGGAAAAUCAAUGGUUUUCCCAAUGCCUUCUGGGGAUGGGGUGGAGAGGAUGAUGACCUGUGGCGCAGAGUUUCCUUUGCAGGAUAUAAUGUGACAAGGCCAGAAGGAGACCUGGGAAAAUACAAAUCGAUCCCCCAUCAUCAUCGAGGGGAGGUGCAGUUUCUAGGCAGAUAUAAAUUAUUGAGGUAUUCUAAAGAACGUCAACCCCUGGAUGGGUUGAAUAACCUAAAGUAUGCUCCAAAUAUAACUCUGCACUUUUUGUACAAAAAUAUAACAGUGAACCUUACACCAGAGUUGGCUCCUGUAAUUGAAGGUUAAAGAGGAUGGGACCAUCUGACAUUUUAAUGGCUUUUCUGGAGCAUUGUGGAUUUCAGAACAUUUUUGUUUAAUGGCAGUUCAGUGAAGGACUUUAAGGGUCUUGAGGAACAGCCAAACUACCGCAGCUGUGGAUGAUUUAAUGACGGCUUGAGUCCUGAAUGUUGAACAGCUGAUUGUACCUGCAUGUCUUAGUAGCGUUUGCUAAUGAAUUCACUCUGCAUUUUGCAAAACAACAUGCCAUCAUUCUGAAAUCAAGAGGUUUACAGCAGGACUACUCUGACUGUUAAGUCCUUGCGUUAUUGUCUUAGCUUUCUCGUCGUGAUCAGCUGUUCUUGUAUAAAGGUGUUAAAGCCAAUAGAAUUUCCAUUUGUAUGUAUUGCAUAACAUAUUGUAUUUUUAGCUAAAAUGAAGGCUUGAAAUAAUGCUGUGGAUUUGUAAAUAUACUGUAAAAUUGUGCACUUUGCCACUCCUUUUUUAUACCAUUAAACUAAUGCAUUUGUGUGAUGUUCCUUUUAAAAAGGAGAUAUAUAUAUAUAUAUCUAUAUAUAUGUAUGUGUGUAACUUGGCAUGUAAGAACAAAAUGUAUAUAGUCUUUAAGACACAUCAUUUAAUUUCCUUACUGAACAAUGGGAAGAUUGCAAUAUAUUGUCUGGUUGCUGUUAGCUAAAACCAUACCUUGUUACAGUAGGAUUCUACACUGCCAAGUCAUUUCACCUUCUGGUUUUGAUUUGAAAAAUACUUAUUUUGUUCUUAAAGUAAAAUGAGUUUAGCUUUG